AUGCCUCAGUGCCCCCCUGCCCAGCGUCCCGCAGCACUGCCGGAGCAGCAGGUGGGGCCCUCCUGGGAGCCUCCCCCACGCAAAAGGAAGCUUCAGGUCCCCAGGGAGGAAGUGUGCAUGUUGUGCCAGCGAGCAGACUGUGACCCCGAGGUUGUUGGGCAGCUGUGCCAUCAGGAUGGGAUCUGUGUCCAUGAGAACUGCCUGUACCACGCCAGCGGGUUGAGCCAGAGAGGGGCAGAGGCAGAGGGCUUCUACGGCUUCCUCUUCCCUGACAUCCAGAAAGAGCUGAAGCGGGUGGCAGAGAAGUGCCAGGAAGCGGUGGCGGGGCGACCCUGCUAUGACACCCUGAUCUGUCCCGCCUGCGCCAGCGCCUGGUUCCACCGCCGCUGCAUCCAGGGCCAGGCGCUGCGCUCUGCCCUCUACCACUUCCGCUGCCCGCUCUGCCAGGACAUGGCGACCUUCCAGCAGGAGAUGUUUCGCCUGGGCAUCAAAAUCCCCGACAGGGAUGCUGCCUGGGAGGAGGAGGAGGGGGCCUUCGCGGGCCAUUACGAGCGGCACAGCUCCUGUGAUGCCAGCCAGUGCCUCUGCCCAGUGGGACGGGAGGAGUGGGAACAGAAUGGGCCCUGGAGACUCCUGCUCUGUGCCUCCUGUGGCUCCUGUGGGACCCCCCAGCUCUGCUCCGCCCUGGGGGAAGAUGCUGACUCCUGGGAGUGCGGUGACUGCAGGGACAUGGGCACAGGUGGGGGGGGCGGCGGGGGGGGACAGGGUGCCCAGGGCCACGUGGCCACCACAGGCACCCGGAGCGUGGGGAGAGGAGCGGGGCUGUGA